GACGGGUUAAAUAAAUCAAUAUAAAUUGAAGCUUACCUUUAGCAGCUUUCUCCCUUUCUUUAUACAAAUACAUAUUUUUUAUCAAAAACCCCUACUCUAAAAUGGAUCUUCCUGACUUCAUGACCAAUCCUAAUGCCGUCCUUGGUGACAAAGAUGAUGAAUGGCGUUACAACCGUAUCCCUGACUACACCAAGGUGAAUGCCACUUACGAAGAAGAAAAGACACAAACUCACGCAGAAGGCUCUCUUGAAUGGCUCGUCUCCAACUUGGUUAAGAACUGGGAAAAGGAAAUGUCUUAUAAGCUCCGUGCUGACCAAAUCCGUACCAUUAACCAAGAAAAAUAUCGUUUUUCUGUCAACGGCAAGCCAUGGCAAGAUAUUGAAAGUAUGCUCCAGAUUGGUACUUACAAUGCACUUAUUGGUGAUACUGAGCUUUACAAGGCUAGUGAUAUGGAUUUCAGUGAAUCCCACAAGCUCUUUAAAAGAGCUCUUCGUGCCUUUUCAUGGGAAGUUAUCUCUGUUUAUAGCGGCCCCCCUGUUGUUGCUUUCAAGUGGAGACAUUGGGGUUUGAACAAUGGUGAUUUAUCGAUCAAGGUGGGUGACGGUAAGAAGCUUGAAGCUCAUGCUACUAAUGAGGUGAUUGAAAUUUUUGGUGUCACCGUUGCCAAAGUUAAUGACAAGUUUGAGAUCGAAGAGCUUGAGACUUUCUAUGACCCUUCUGAUAUGUUGAGACAAAUGUCAAAGAACAGAAAGGACGGCUCUUCUAACCCUGAUGAAGUUGUUGUUCCUUCUGGAAAAUGUCCUUUCAACCCCAAGUAAACUUAGUACAUGUUUACUUUCGUACCCCCUUAUUUAUCUGUGCUUUCUUUUUCAUUAAUAAAGUUUUAUGGUAAAAUGUCGAAUUAUCCAUUCUACCCUGAUUGUAGCUUGUUCCUGUGAUAGGUUACACACGCAA